UUUUUGUCGGGGCGUGUUUUUCACUGUUCGCAGUCAUGGCGGAUUACAAAGAGGCUCCUUUGGCUACUCGGCCAAAAACAUUAGAUCCAGCUGAGUAUUUCAAUCUUUCACCUGAAUACCGGCGGGCUGAGGAGAAGAGAGCUGCUCUGCGGGCACAAUUGAAGAGGCAGUAUCUGCAGCAGCUCAACAAUCCUCAUCGGAAAGAGCUGAUUGAGGAUCCUGCUCUUACAAGGUGGACAUAUGCACGCACCAAUAACAACUACUUCAGACCAACUGCUAAAACUUCAUUGAUCGGUGGCUUGUUUGGAGUUCUACCCCUUUUCGCCUUGUAUGUUGUGUUUAAAUCAGACAGGGACAAAAGGGAGGCCAAGAUUAAGGCAGGGACCUAUGAACGCCCCUAUAAACUGUCAACCUAAAUUUAUUGGAUUUCACUGUUUAUUGUAACGCAGAGUGCUUGUAAUUAUAUACUAAAUAAAAUACUUUAUUGUUGAAACUUUA